AUGAGCAGAAUCCACUCAAAGCAGCAGCAGCAAAGAGCAGCAGCAGCAGCACAAACGGUAGCAGCAGCAGCACUAGAAACAGCAGCAGCAGCAGCAGCACCGACAGCAACGGUGGUAGAAGCAGCACAAAUAGCAACUGCAGCAACACCAACGGCAGCAGCGGCAGCGUCCACAGCAGCUGCAGCAGCAGCAACAGCAGCAGCAGCGCAAAUAGGAGCAGCAGCAGCACCGAGAGCAGCAGCAGCAGCGAUGACAGCAGCCGCAGCAGCACUAGCAACAGCAGCAGCAGCAGCAGCAGCAGCAGCAACUGACGUGCGCAGCAGCGGCAGCACUAACAUAAGCAGCAGCACCACAUACAUCAGCAGCAGCAGCAGCACAUACAUCAGCAGCAGCAGCAGCACCACAUACAUCAGCAGCAGCAGCAGCACCACAUACAGCAGCAGCAGCACUACAUGCAUCAGCAGCAGCAGCACGCACCUCAGCAGCAGCAACAGCACCAGAUAUAUAAGCAGCAACAGCACGAACGUCAGCAGCAGCAGCAGCAGCAGCACCAGCAGCAGCAGCAGCACCACCACCACCAUCACCGCCACCAGCACUAUCAGCAGCAGUACCACUACCACCCCUAUCAGCAGCAGCAGCAGCAGCAGCAGCAGCAGCAGCAGCAGUAGCACCACUACCACCACUAUCAGCAGCAGCAGCAGCAGCAGCAGUAGCAGCAGCACCACUACCACCACUAUUAGCAGCAGCAGCAGCAGCACCACUACCACCACUAUCAGCAGCCGCAGCAGCAGCAGCAGCACCACUACCAGCACUAUUAGCAGCAGCAGCAGCACCACCACCACCACUACCACCACUAUCAGCAGCAGCAGCAGCAGCAGCAGCAGCAGCACUAUCACCACUAUCAGCAGCAGCAGUAGCAGCAGCAGCAGCAGCAGCAGCACCACUACCACCACUAUCAGCAGCAGCAGCAGCAGUAGCAGCAGCACCACUACCACCACUAUUAGCAGCAGCAGCAGCAGCACCACUAGCACCACUAUCAGCAGCAGCAGUAGCAGCAGCAGCAGCACUACCACCACUAUCAGCAGCAGCAGCAGCAGCAGCAGCAGCAACACUAUCACCACUAUCAGCAGCAGCAGUAGCAGCAGCAGCAGCAGCAGCAGCAGCACCACUACCACCACUAUCAGCAGCAGCAGCAGCAGCAGCAGUAGCACCACUACCACCACUAUCAGCAGCAGCAGCAGCAGCAGCACCACUACCACCACUAUCAACAGCAACAGCAGUAGCAGCAGCAGCAGCAGCACCACUACCACCACUAUCAGCAGCAGCAGCAGCAGCAGCAGCAGCAGCAGCAGCAGCAGCAGCAGCAAGUUCACCGUUUGGAGUUUUGGUGGGGUUUCCAAAUGA